AUUGAGAUCAUCACCUCCCAUGAAUCUCUCUCGUAAUGCAGCAACAAUGUAACAUAUCGUCAAAUUAUUGGCCUGAAUGUGCAACUUGUGCUGACAAACCAUUGACAAAGGAACGAGUGAAGAGACCCGUUAAAAAUUCACCCAUGGCAUUGAAUGCAAAUUUUUUUCUGUAUUUUAUAAGCAUGAUAUCCAUCUCCUCCAUCAGUCAUCAUCAUCCACCUUCUCAGAGAAUUGCCACGAGUGGAAACUACUUUCAUACAAACAUAAAUUAUGCAACGGUUUUCAAAAUUUUCAUUAAAACAAAUAUUUUUCAAAAUUUUAUUACUGUAUUUCUGUAUAUUAGUCCCGAUUACUGCAAACAUUUUGAAAGACAUUGAUGCUCUGCUAAAUACCAAGAAUUUAUUUUCUGAUCUCAAUGUCAGACGUGGUAAAGCCUUAGAAAACGCAAAUUUACUUGACACGUUAUAUAAAGAGUUAGAAGAUCCAAUUACAAUCCGAUUACUGCACAAAAAGUAUCAGAAAAUGUAUAGGAAAAUCAAGUCUGACUCCCCAGAAUCCAGCACAAUUUUUAAGCAAAACGUACUGCAGGUUGCCUACCAUAAUUUAUUGACGAAACAGGGUCUCAGUUCAUAUGAAAAAGGAAUUAAUCAGUUUACAGACAUGACUAAUGAACCAGAAACACUUUCAACUGUUCUACCACAAGAACAGCAAAACAGAUCGUCUCGAGCGUACAAUCAGUCCCCACAGCCUUCACCUUGGUUUCCCCAUCAUUAUGCAAACCGUGAGUCCGAAAAGGAUUCUCUCGACUGGAGAAGCUAUGGGGCUGUUUCCUACCCAAAAAACCAAGGUAAAUGUGGUUCCUGUUCCUUCUUUGCCACCGUUGCUGCGCUGGAAUCACACGACUAUUUAGUGAAAAUGGCUUCCGAUGGGAGUUCGUCGUCGUCCUACACGUGGGGUUCGCCAUCCGACCUCAGUGAACAGGAGUUGCUGGACUGUGCUGGAAACUAUAGUGGCUAUCGAGGUUGUAAUGACAAUCUUCCAACAACAGGUUUGGAGUACAUGCAGCAAAAUGGGCUGUCAUUUGAGUGGGACUACCCGUACAAAGAUAAGGUAGGGAGUUACUGUUAUGGUCCUUGGAAUCGCAGGAAGGUCGGCUUGGAUGGAUAUUACCCAGCCGUUCCUUUCAGAGGAAUCAAUAAUGAGGAACGAAUGAAACAAGUUGUUCGAGAUUUUGGUCCAAUAAUUGCCGGCAUGCAUAUGAGUUUAGACUUGAAAAUGUACAGGGGUGGAAUAUAUGACCAAGCGUGUACAGAUCCUCAUGGAAUUUCUCAUAAUAUUUUUAGAAAUCACAUGGUCCUUAUUGUAGGUUAUGGGAGUGAAUGGGGGAUAAAUAAUACAAAGGUGGAUUACUGGAUUAUCAAAAACAGUUACGGCAAGCAGUGGGGUGAUCAGGGGUACUUUCGAAUUGUGAGAAAUAAACGAUUGUGCUUACUUGGAGAGGAGGCAUAUUACUUGUACACUCAAUCACCAUUUGGAUUAACAUUCUAACUUGUGAUGUGAUGACUUGGAUGAUGCAAAUGAAUCAAUUUUGUACAAAGACUAUGAUAUUGUGUGAUAUAAAUACAUUUAAUAUUAAUAAUUAUUUUAAUAUAUGUGUUUGUUAAUAAGCGAACAGGAUCCCGAGGAUUGCUGAUAUAUUUUUGUACGUAUAAUGCAUGCAAUAGAGGAAUUACUGGAUCCGUGUUUAAGAUAUUAACAUGCAUAUUUAUGUACCCAUUUAUUUGGUAAUGCUGAUUGUACCAAUAUUUAUUAAUUAAACUAAACCAUAUCAAAAUGCUUUGCACUGCAAGUAUAUCUCAAAUAUCUGUAGGUAUUAUACCAAGAGUCAAGAGUAUCGUUUAUCCUUAGGAUAUUUAGAUAUUAUAUGUACGGAUACAUUUCGUGGUAAAUUACAAGUAUUGUUAUACAUACAUACCGGUGGGGAUAAUUUAUGCAUAUAGCAAAUUGUUUUUGUACUAUAAAUGGCUAGAGUAAAAUUAAGGAAACAUGUACAUUCUUUUUCAGGAAAAUAAUUGCCAAAUGGUCAAUCGCAAUUAAAUCAAGGAGGAUGAUUUA